AUGCUGCCUCUCCAGGUCCCCAGCACCGUCCUGGCUCUGCUCAGCCUCCUGCUAGUGGCAGUGGCCCUGAGCUCCGACCACUGGCUGGAGGCGAGAAGGGAUGACGACUUCGUCCACUCGGGGCUCUGGAAGAUCUGUGUGAAUUCGGUGUGCGUCGUGCCUUCGAGACUACCUGAUUACAUCGAGGCCACCAAGACGUUCUUGACGCUGGGCCUGCUCGCGGGGCUGCUCUCGGCCUUCUCCCUCCUCGCCUUGCUCAGCGGCUCCGACUUCGACGCCGUGUCCCCCCUCGUGGUCUCUACCAUGGGCAGCUUCAGCGCAGGUUUCUGCGUCCUGAUUGCGCUGACCGUGUUCACCAGCGAGUUUGCUCAAGUCAUAAAGGCCACCUGGCCCCACAUCUCCUUUGGCUGGUCCUGGGGCCUUGGCUGGGCCUCCAUCCCCCUCUUCCUGCUGACCGGUGGG